UACAGCCGAGCGCUUUAACCAAUUAAAACCAGUUGCUGUGGAGUCUAUUCCGACUCACACAUUAGACACUCAGUAUUUGUUGAAUGAAUGAGUGACGCAUCCACGAACUGACCAGCAGGGGGCGAUAGCAAGAUUGGGUACAGGAGAAAACGGGGAGAGCAACUGCUACACUCCGAGCUUCUGGUACGGUUCCGCGAGGCUUGAACUGGUUCGGCCACCGUAGUGCUUAGGCCGGAAAAGUGUGUCCCCUUCCGGCCUCCAAAGUUCGGGAAGAUGGCCUGGGUCUGUUGGAAACUGAACCCGAAGGCCGUAAGUGGGCUCCCUUGAGGAGCUCAGGCUCCGGCCUAGGAGUCCAGGCCUCCAAGCGGACUGGCCCCAGCUCGGCUCCUCGGGACGCUUCAGGGCCGGGAGCAGCGAGUGUAGGUCGCCAUGGCGACAUCGGCGGGGCUGGAGCGCUGGGUGCAAGACGAGCUGCACUCGGUACUGGGGCUGAGCGAGCGGCACGUGGCCCAGUUCCUGAUCGGCACCGCUCAGCGCUGCGCCUCGGCCGAGGAGUUCGUGCAGCGACUGCGAGACACCGACACCUUGGACCUCAGUGGUCCGGCCCAGGAUUUCGCCCUAAGACUCUGGAACAAGGUACCACGGAAGGUGGUGGUAGAAAAGCCAGCUCGGGCAGCUGAGCGAGAGGCCCGAGCCCUGCUGGAGAAGAACCGAUCUUAUAAGUUGCUGGAAGACAGCGAGGAGAGCAGUGAGGAGACUGUGGGUAGGGCUGGGAGUAGCCUUCAGAAGAAGCGUAAGAAACGGAAACACCUCAGGAAGAAAUGCCACGAGGAGGAGGAUGAAGAGGAAGAAGUGGUCUCGGAGAAAGAAAAGAAGAAGACAGGGGGGAGUAAACAGCAGACGGAGAAGCCAGAGUCGGAGGAUGAGUGGGAGCGGACAGAGCGUGAGCGCCUUCAGGACCUGGAGGAACGUGAUGCCUUUGCCGAGCGCGUUCGGCAGCGGGACAAGGAUCGGACUCGCAAUGUCCUGGAGCGGUCAGACAAGAAGGCUUAUGAAGAGGCUCAAAAGCGCCUCAAGAUGGCUGAGGAAGACCGGAAAGCCAUGGUCCCUGAGCUGCGCAAGAAAUCCCGCCGAGAGUACCUGGCCAAGCGGGAGCGAGAGAAGCUUGAGGACCUGGAGGCAGAGCUGGCUGAUGAGGAGUACCUUUUUGGGGAUGUGGAGCUGAGCCGGCAUGAGCGGCGGGAGCUCAAAUACAAGCGGCGAGUGCGGGACCUGGCCCGGGAGUACCGGGCAGCCGGGGAGCAGGAGAAGCUGGAGGCCACAAACCGCUACCACAUGCCCGAGGAGACCCGAGGACAGCCAGCACGAGCUGUGGAUUUAGUAGAAGAGGAAUCAGGCGCCCCCGGGGAGGAGCAGCGGCGCUGGGAGGAGGCCCGGCUGGGAGCAGCAUCUCUGAAGUUUGGAGCCCGAGAUGCUGCCUCCCAGGAGCCCAAGUAUCAGCUGGUGCUGGAGGAGGAGGAGACCAUUGAGUUUGUCCGGGCCACUCAGCUCCAGGGUGAUGAGGAACCGUUAGCUCCACCCCCUCAAGCCCAGGCCCAGCAGAAGGAGUCCAUCCAGGCCGUCCGCCAAAGCCUCCCAGUGUUUCCAUUCCGUGAGGAGCUCCUGGCUGCUAUUGCCAGUCAUCAAGUCCUCAUCAUUGAAGGCGAGACAGGCUCGGGGAAGACCACCCAAAUCCCCCAGUAUCUCUUUGAGGAGGGUUACACAAAGAAGGGUAUGAAGAUUGCCUGCACCCAGCCCCGGAGGGUGGCAGCCAUGAGUGUGGCAGCCCGAGUGGCCCGGGAGAUGGGCGUGAAGCUUGGGAAUGAGGUUGGCUACAGCAUCCGCUUUGAGGACUGCACGUCAGAGCGAACUGUUCUCCGCUACAUGACAGAUGGGAUGCUUCUCCGGGAGUUCCUCUCUGAGCCUGACCUCGCGAGUUACAGCGUGGUGAUGGUGGAUGAGGCUCAUGAACGAACGCUGCACACAGAUAUUCUCUUUGGAUUGAUCAAGGAUGUGGCUCGCUUCCGCCCAGAGCUCAAGGUCCUGGUGGCUUCAGCUACACUGGACACAGCCCGUUUUUCUACCUUCUUUGAUGAUGCCCCCAUCUUCCGAAUCCCUGGACGCAGGUUUCCAGUUGACAUCUUUUAUACCAAGGCUCCAGAGGCUGACUACCUGGAAGCCUGUGUAGUGUCUGUGCUGCAGAUCCACGUGACCCAGCCGCCUGGGGAUAUCCUAGUGUUCUUGACAGGACAGGAGGAGAUUGAGGCUGCCUGCGAGAUGCUCCAGGAUCGCUGCCGCCGCCUGGGCUCCAAAAUCCGAGAGCUUCUGGUGCUGCCCAUUUAUGCCAACCUGCCCUCUGACAUGCAGGCUCGGAUCUUCCAGCCUACGCCCCCUGGGGCACGAAAGGUGGUUGUGGCAACAAACAUCGCUGAGACAUCCCUCACCAUUGAGGGCAUCAUUUACGUGCUAGAUCCAGGAUUCUGUAAGCAAAAGAGCUACAACCCCCGCACAGGCAUGGAGUCACUCACUGUCACACCCUGCAGCAAGGCUUCAGCCAAUCAGCGAGCUGGCCGUGCGGGUCGUGUGGCUGCAGGCAAGUGCUUCCGCCUGUAUACCGCCUGGGCCUAUCAGCAUGAACUCGAGGAAACGACGGUGCCCGAGAUCCAGAGGACCAGCCUGGGCAAUGUUGUGUUGCUGCUCAAGAGCUUAGGGAUCCAUGACCUAAUGCACUUUGAUUUCCUGGACCCUCCGCCGUAUGAGACCCUGCUGCUGGCUUUGGAGCAGCUGUACGCUCUGGGAGCCCUCAACCACCUCGGGGAGCUCACCAUGUCUGGUCGGAAGAUGGCAGAGCUGCCGGUGGACCCCAUGCUGUCUAAAAUGAUCUUGGCUUCUGAGAAGUACAGCUGCUCAGAGGAGAUCCUGACAGUUGCUGCCAUGCUGUCUGUCAACAACUCCAUCUUCUACCGGCCCAAGGACAAGGUCGUCCAUGCUGACAAUGCCCGUGUCAACUUCUUCCUCCCUGGUGGGGACCACCUGGUUCUACUCAACGUUUAUACACAGUGGGCUGAGAGUGGCUACUCUUCCCAGUGGUGCUAUGAGAACUUCGUACAGUUCAGAUCGAUGCGCCGAGCCCGGGAUGUGCGGGAACAGCUAGAGGGGCUCUUGGAGCGUGUGGAAGUUGGUCUCAGUUCUUGCCAGGGGGACUAUAUCCGAGUACGCAAGGCCAUCACUGCUGGUUACUUCUACCACACUGCACGGUUGACUCGUAGCGGUUAUCGCACAGUGAAACAGCAGCAGACGGUGUUCAUUCAUCCUAACUCCUCCCUCUUUGAGGAACAGCCACGUUGGCUGCUCUACCAUGAACUUGUCUUGACCACCAAGGAGUUCAUGAGACAGGUACUGGAGAUUGAAAGCAGUUGGCUUCUGGAGGUGGCUCCCCACUACUAUAAGGCCAAGGAGCUAGAAGAUCCCCAUGCUAAGAAAAUGCCCAAGAAAAUAGGCAAGACACGAGAAGAGCUAGGGUAAAGAGAAGGGGACAGAAGCAGAACCUGACUCCAGCUCCUUUUCCUCCUGUACAUUAUUUAAUAUCUAUUGAAUAAAAUUAUUUUUGGAAUAGAGCUAGUGGGAACUUUUAGGAUUCAAAGAAUGUG